GAAGCAAGAAGGGGGAAGAAGGCAUUGGAAGAUGGCGGAGGGUCAGUGCAUCGAGCGCUUCAAAUCGCAACCGCGCCUCCCCGGAUUCGCCAUUCCGAGGCGAUAUGAUCUCUUCCUCAGGCCCGAUCUCUCCUCCUGCAAGUUCGCCGGGUCCGCCCAGAUCGCCGUCGACGUCGUCGACGACACCAGGUUCUUGAUCCUCAACGCCGCCGACCUUGACAUCGAUGGCGGCUCCGUAUGGUUUAGGAAUCCGAGCUCCUCUAAGGAGGUCCGGCCGUCGGAGGUCGUUCUGGUGGAGGACGAUGAGAUCUUGGUGCUCCGGUUUGAUGAGUUUCUUCCCCGUGGUAGCGGCGUCUUAGGUAUUGGCUUUCGAGGAACGCUGAACGAUAGGAUGAAAGGGUUCUAUAGGAGCGUGUAUGAGCAUAAUGGGGAGAAAAAGAACAUGGCUGUCACUCAGUUCGAACCUGCUGAUGCUCGACGAUGUUUCCCGUGUUGGGAUGAGCCCGCCUUUAAGGCCACAUUUAAAAUGACAUUGGAAGUGCCAUCUGAUACCAUAGCUUUGUCAAAUAUGCCCGUUAUGGAAGAAAAGCUUGAUGGCCUUGUCAAGACUCUUUCUUUUCAGGAAUCACCGAUUAUGUCUACAUAUUUAGUAGCUCUUGUUAUUGGCUUGUUUGAUUAUGUGGAAGCCUCAACCUCUGAUGGGAUAAAGGUUCGAGUGUACUGUCAAGUUGGGAAGAGUAGCCAAGGAAAGUUCGCUUUAGACGUUGCUGUGAAGACACUGGAUUUAUAUAAAAAAUACUUUGCUGUCCCAUACUCACUUCCAAAAUUGGAUAUGGUUGCUAUUCCUGAUUUUGCUGCUGGGGCUAUGGAGAACUAUGGUUUAGUCACAUAUCGAGAAACAGCAUUGCUGUUUGAUGAUCGCCACUCUGCAGCCUCAAAUAGACAACGGGUGGCUAUUGUUGUAGCUCAUGAGCUUGCACACCAGUGGUUUGGGAAUCUUGUAACAAUGGAAUGGUGGACUCACUUAUGGCUAAAUGAGGGGUUUGCGACAUGGGUCAGCUAUCUAGCAGCAGACUCCUUGUUUCCUGAAUGGAAAGUUUGGACCCAAUUUCUUGAUGAGACCACCAUGGGGCUUAGAUUGGAUGCACUUGCUGAAUCUCAUCCUAUCGAGGUAACAUUUCAAUUAUUCGUGUCACUAGAUUUUAGGUCAUUGGCUUCAUACAUAAAAAAAUUUGCCUGUUCAAAUGCGAAGACUGAAGAUCUAUGGGCUGUUCUUGAAGAGGAAUCGGGUGAACCAGUAAAUAUGUUGAUGAAUUCUUGGACAAAGCAGAAAGGUUAUCCUGUUGUUUAUGCAAAAGUUAACAAUGGGAACUUGCAACUUGAGCAGACACAGUUUUUGUCAAGUGGGUGCGAAGGGAAUGUACAAUGGAUUGUCCCUAUUACAUUAUGUUGUGGUUCAUAUGCAUCUCAGAAGAAGUUCCUAUUGAAAACAAAAUCUGAGAAGUUGGAUGUGCCAGAACUGUUCAAUCCAGAAAAUCAGAAGAUAAGUGGAAGUGUCUGGAUUAAAUUUAAUGUUGACCAAACAGGCUUCUAUAGGGUGAAAUAUGAUGAUGAACUUGCAGCAGGACUAAGACAUGCAAUAGAGGCUAAUCAACUUUCUCCAACAGAUAGAUUUGGUGUUUUGGAUGAUUCAUUUGCCCUUUGUAUGGCUUGUAAGCAAACAUUGUCAUCUUUGCUGUCUCUGAUGGCCUCCUUCUCAGAAGAGGAUGAAUAUACUGUUCUUUCUCAAAUGAUCACUAUUAGUUACAAAGUUAUUAGUACUGCUGCUGAUGCCACUCCAGAGUUGCUAGCGGACAUCAAACAGUUCUUGAUCAACCUUCUCUGGCAUUCCGCAGAGAAGCUAGGUUGGGAUCCCAAAAGCAAUGAAGGCCACUUGGAUGCAAUGUUAAGGGGAGAGUUGUUGACCUCUCUUGCAGAAUUGGGGCAUGAUAUUACUACUAAAGAAGCAGUCAGACGUUUUUAUGCCUUCCUAGAUGACAGAAAUACAUCACUUCUUCCUCCAGAUAUAAGGAAGGCUGUAUAUGUUGCUGUGAUGCAGACUGUCAACAGUUCGAACAAACUAGGAUAUGAAUCUCUUCUGAGGGUUUACAGAGAAACUGAUCUAAGCCAAGAAAAAGGCCGUAUAUUAAGUGCCCUAGCAUCCAGUCCUGAUCCUGCAGUUGUUCUUGACGCCCUAAACUUUCUACUGUCUUCAGAGGUUCGGAAUCAAGAUGCUGUUUUUGGGCUUGCUGGAAUUAGUAAAGAAGGGCGAGAUGUUGCAUGGGUGUGGCUGAAGGAAAACUGGGAUCACAUUUCAAAGACAUGGGGCUCUGGAUUUCUGAUCACCCGCUUUAUCAGUUCCAUCGUGUCACCGUUCAACUCGGAUGAGAAAGCCAAUGAAAUAGAAGAAUUUUUUGCAAGCCGGACUAAACCUUCCAUCACCAGAACGGUGAAGCAAAGCAUUGAGCGAGUCAGAAACAAUGCAAAGUGGGUUAAGAGCAUCGGGAGCGAGCAGUCGCUUGGAGACAUUGUGAAGGAGCUUGCAGACAACAAGUUGCACCCAUCGCUUUGAUAUCAGAUCCCUCUUGUUGGCAACACGUAAGUAGAACUAACUCUUUGGCAACAAUGUGUGUUUGAAACGAUGUAGCUCUAUCAGUAUAUCAAUAAAACAAGUUUCAACUUUUUGUCGUCUGGUGAA